UGCCGCCCCGCUCCCCUAGCGCCUGCUGGCAGCGCGGCGGCUGGAGGUGCCCCUCGGGAAGUUUGAUGGCUUCUUUGCGGAGGGUCAAAGUCCUGCUGGUGUUAAACUUGAUCGCUGUGGCUGGCUUCGUCCUCUUCCUGGCCAAGUGCAGACCCAUCACGGCCAAGAGCGGCGACUCCUUCCACGACGUCCAUCCCAGGGCAGAAGUGGUCAACUUGACAGCCCACGGCAUCGGCUCCAUCCAGGAUGCAGUGCUGAAGAGGCUCUCCCUCCUGGAAGACAUAGUCUACAGGCAGCUCAAUGGUCUGUCCAAGUCACUUGGUCUCAUUGAAGGCUAUGGUGGACGUGGCAAAGGUGGGCUUCCAGCCACCCUGUCCCCUGAGGAGGAGGAGAAAGCUAAGGGACCCCAUGAGAAAUACGGCUACAACUCCUACCUCAGUGAGAAAAUUUCACUGGAUCGUUCCAUACCAGAUUAUCGUCCAACCAAGUGCAAAGAGUUGAAAUACGGCAAGGACCUACCCCAGAUCUCCAUUAUCUUCAUCUUCGUGAACGAAGCGCUGUCGGUUAUCCUGCGGUCGGUGCACAGCGCUGUUAAUCAUACACCAGCUCACCUGUUGAAGGAGAUUAUCCUUGUGGAUGACAACAGUGAUGAAGAGGAACUGAAGGCGCCACUGGAGGAAUAUGUCAACAAACGAUACCCGGGGCUGGUGAAGGUGGUGCGCAACCAGAAGAGGGAAGGCCUUAUCCGCGCACGCAUUGAGGGCUGGAAGGCUGCCACAGGCCAGGUCACUGGAUUUUUUGAUGCCCACGUGGAGUUCACUGCUGGCUGGGCUGAGCCGGUACUCUCGCGAAUUCAGGAGAAUCGAAGAAGGGUCAUUCUUCCCUCCAUCGACAACAUCAAGCAGGACAACUUUGAGGUGCAGCGCUACGAGAACUCUGCCCACGGGUACAGCUGGGAGCUGUGGUGCAUGUACAUCAGCCCUCCCAAGGACUGGUGGGAUGCUGGGGACCCCUCGCUGCCCAUCAGGACACCAGCGAUGAUUGGUUGCUCCUUCGUUGUGCACAGGAAGUUCUUUGGAGAGAUUGGGCUCCUCGAUCCUGGCAUGGAUGUGUAUGGAGGAGAGAACAUAGAGCUCGGCAUCAAGGUGUGGCUCUGUGGCGGCAGCAUGGAGGUCCUGCCCUGCUCCAGGGUGGCUCACAUCGAGCGCAAGAAGAAGCCCUACAACAACAACAUUGGUUUCUACACCAAGCGCAAUGCCCUGCGAGUGGCCGAGGUGUGGAUGGAUGACUACAAGUCCCAUGUCUACAUCGCAUGGAACUUGCCGCUGGAGAAUCCGGGUAUUGACAUUGGGGAUGUUUCUGAGAGAAAAGCUUUGAGGAAGAGCUUGAAGUGUAAAAAUUUCCAGUGGUAUCUGGACCACGUUUAUCCAGAAAUGAGAAGAUACAACAACACUGUUGCGUAUGGCGAGCUUCGAAACAACAAGGCGAAGGAUGUUUGCCUUGACCAGGGCCCGCAGGAGAACCACACAGCAAUAUUGUACCCGUGCCACGGCUGGGGACCGCAGCUUGCACGCUACACCAAGGAGGGGUUCCUUCAUCUCGGCGCCCUCGGGACCACGACUCUUCUGCCCGACACCCGCUGCCUGGUAGAUAACGUGAAAAGCCGCUUCCCUCAGCUCCUCGACUGCGAAAAGGUCAAGAGCAGCCUCCAUAAGCGCUGGAAUUUCAUCCAGAAUGGUGCCAUCUUGAACAAGGGAACGGGGCGCUGCUUGGAAGUGGAGAACAGAGGAAUGGCUGGCAUCGAUCUGAUUCUUCGCAGCUGCACAGGACAAAGGUGGACAAUUAAAAAUUUCAUCAAGUAAAGGGUGGAAAACGCCGAGGAGUCUCACCUGAAACACAGCUGACUUGGACUGAUCUGACUGGACUCCUUUGGAAAGGACAAAAUGUCAAAACAGAGCUUUAUUCAUGUUAUUAGGAGAGGACAUGGGGGAAAUGGGCAUUUGUGUCUUUAUUUUUAUUGUAUAUUAGUCUCCCGCAGCUGAUUCCAACUGUGUGAAAUUGGGUCAGAACUGCUAUUUUCUUCUGGCGAGCACUCUAAAAGGUACCACUUAUUUCUGCUGGAAUAAGUGUAAUAAGCUCAUGUAGUCUUGUGAGCAUUUUACUGACAGGGAAAUGUUGCUUUCCCAGAUGACUCCAAGUUCUCCCAAAGGGCCAGCUAGGUUUGCACCAUGGUCAGAGUCAAGACACCCUGCAUAUAUCUGCAUGGCAAGCACAAAAACUUGCUUGCUUGUGAGAGGAAAAUGUGGCCAAGCCCCAGACAAGCUGCGUUUGAACAAUGUGGUGUUUCACUAGGUCCUCUCUCUCUUUUUCCUUUCUUGCCCCUACAACUAACAGCCCUUUCCUUGAGUCUGGGAGAAGUGAAGCUCUCAGAGACGCCCCGG